AUGUCUCAUCUUGAGAUUGAGAGAGCAAGAAGAGAGAGAGAGCUGAAAGUAAGAGAGGAUAUCACCAGCGAUGCUUCAAAUAGAGAAAGCGUGUCGAGUCAAAAGAAGGAGGGCUCGGUUUCGAUAAAAUAUCCCUUGUUGACGAAGAGCAAUUAUACAGCAUGGGCCAUUAAAAUGAAAGUAUUUAUGAUGGCUCAAGGUGUCUGGGAGCCAAUCGAGUCUGAAGGUCCUGUUGAUAAACAAAAAGACAAGAUGGCAUUGGCGGCCAUCUAUCAAUGUAUAAGUGAGGAUACCUUGCUUCAACUAGGGGCCAAGAGGACAGCUAAGGAAGCAUGGAAUAUGCUCAAAAUUAUGAACCAAGGCGCAGAAAAGAUGAAGGAGGUUAGAACUCAAACCUUAUGGAGAGAGUUUGAUGCAUUGGGGAUGAGUGAUUCAGAGACAAUAGAUGAUUUCUCUGGAAAGCUCACCAUCAUUGUCAAUAAAUUAAGAAGCCUUGGUAACACAGUUGAAGAUGAGAAGGUAAUUAAGAAGCUGUUGCGUUCUACUUCCUCAAAAUUUCUGCAGAUUGUUUCCGCUAUUGAAGAAUUUAGUGAUCUGAAAACCAAAUCGAUAGAAGAGGUAAUUGGAUCACUAAAAGCUCAUGAAGAACGGUUGCUUGGUUGUGGAAACAAUUCUGCUGAAACAGUUCUUAUUACUAGAGCUGAAUGGAAGAAAGCUCAAAAUGACAAUGGUGGAAGAGGAGGCAGAGGUCGUGGCCGUGGGCGAGGCCGAGGCAGAGGGCGUUACAAUGGUGAUUCAAGUCGUGGUGGCGAUGAUGAAUCGAAGACACAGAAGAAGAAAUAUGAUAAGAGUAGAAUCAAGUGUUACUGUUGCGGCCAAAUGGGUCAUUAUGCUGUAGAAUGCCCAUCGAGUGAAUGGGAAGAGAAGGCCAAUUUAAUACAAGAGGAAGAAGAAGAAGAAGAAGCCUCUUUGUUGUUAAUGGAAACAGUAACCCUCAAUUCAUCUCAAAAGGAAGUGGAGUCCCUUUUGUUGAUGCUGGAAACAUGUGAGCUCAAGGUGACACAACAAAUGGAGCCAGAAGUUGCAAUGGUAAAUGAAGUAGUGAAAGAGCAGCCAUUCAAAGACGGCAUAGAGACUACUUGGUUCUUUGAUACCGGAGGCAGCAACCAUAUGUCAGGUGAAAAAUUUUGCUUCCAAGAAUUAGAUACUUCAAUUACAGGAAGAGUAAAAUUUGGGGAUGGUUCAAUUAUUGAAAUUUGUGGACGAGGAUCAAUACUUUUCAAAUGCAAAAAUGAAGAGCAUUUGAUUCUCUCUGAAGUAUACUAUAUUCCAAAAUUUAAAAGCAAUAUUCUGAGUCUUGGUCAACUUGAUGAAAAUGGUUGCAAAGUUAUAAUUGAAGGUGGUUUUAUGAAAGUCUAUGACAGAUUGAAGAAUUUGAUUGCUAAAGUUGAAAAACAGUCAAAUAGGUUAUAUGUGGGCAAAUUUCGACUUGCUAAAGAAAUUUGUCUGUAA